CCAGCCCACAGCUCCUGCCCUGGGAGCCUGGGCUCAGAUCUGCCGUAAGCCAGGGGAUGUUCGAGUCACGCUCUAGAGAUAACAGCAUUUCCUUCUGCCUUCUGCAGUGAAAGAGCAGGGAAAAUGCCUGUGGUCCAUCUGAUCCCCUGUCCCCUCACGGAGCAGAGUGCUUGCAGCCCAUGGGCAGCCAGUGGCUUUGCUGCUGGGUUUAAAGCCAAGUUUGUAAUUCAGGCAGGAACCUUAAAAAAAACAUCAGAGAGCAGCACAGUGGGGACAUCUUCAAAUUCUGGGGCCAAAGGGCCUUCACAGGGAGGAUUUUCAGACACCCCCCAGCCCCGGACCAUCACAAACCAGGACGGGAUGGGGACUUUGCUGCACUCCCUACAGCACCUGCAGUGCCUUUGCAGAGCUGCCCUGGGAUCUGGGGGCUCUGGGUCCUUCCCACCCCCCGCUUGCAGCGCAGCAAACAGGAAACGUGCAGCACCGGCAGUUGAGUGUCACCCCAGAACGGAAAGCGCCUUGAGUAAGAGAGAUGAGAGCGGGGCACGGGGCAGCUCGGGCGCCCUCGGGGUGGGAGCGGUGUCCCCUGUGACCUGGGGAGCCCCUCGUGUGCCCCAGCACCGAGCAUCCCUCUCGGCACGUGCGGAGGGGGCCAUGUCCGAGCGCCGGGCGGCCGCCAAGGGCCGGCGCUUGGGCUCCAGCCGGCGCAAGCAGCUCCGGGAGGGCUCCGGAGAGACCCCGGCGGCAGCGCCCAGCCCCGGUGAGGAGCCACCCUGGGCGUCUGAAAUCGUGCAGAGGGUGCAGCAGCUCCUGGCUGACAGGGACGCGGAGCAGGCCGCAGUCGUCACGCGCUCGGACGUGCAGAAGCUGCACGAGGAAGGUUUGCCGUGCAGCAGGGAGGAGCUGGAGCUCGUGUUCGACGGGCUGGACGCCGCCGGCACCGGGCGCCUGGGCACGGAGGAGUUCACGGCCGGGCUCCCAGGGCAGUUCCUGAGCUCCCAAAAAGCCGCCAGGGAGCACCGGCGGCGGAAGACGGCGUCGCGGAGGGUCCAGCUGGUGCUGCCCGUGCCGCUGGCGGGCGUGGACAGCGAGGAGCGCAGGCACUUCGCCGCCUUUAUGGAGCAGCUGGGCACAGGAGACCCCUCUGAAGAACAGGAGAUCUGGCAGCUCUGGGUGAAGCUGCGGCAGGAUGAGCCCCAGCUGCUGGACAACCUGGAGGACUUCCUGGCCAAGAUGAGGCACCGCAUCCAGGAAGCCAGGAGCGAGAAGGAGGCUUUGGAGCUGACUCUGAACAAGCGCGUGGCCGAGCACGACAAGGACGUGCAGCAGCUCUGCGAGGUCCUGGAGCAGCAGAUCCAGCAGGAGCAGCUGCGGCUGCAGCAGCAGAGCACGGCCCGGAGCCAGCAGCAGGGCGAGGAGCUGCAGCGAGUGCUGGAUGCCAGCGAGAGCGAGGUGCAGCGCUUGGUCACGGCACAGGCGGAGCUGGAGCGGCGCUGCCGCAGCCUCCAGAGCUCCCAGCAAGUCACCAGCACGGAAAACCGGCAGCUGGAGGAGAGCAACCGGGCACUGGAGCAUCACCUGCAGCACCUGCACCAGCAGCUGCAGCACACCCAGCGCCGCCUGAGGACCAUGAGGGCUGCAGUGGUUUGGGAGCACACGGGGGAGCCCGGGGACAGAGUGGUGGCAGAGUUACCCAUCGAGGUGCCAAUGUCCCCGCAGCUGAGCCCUGGGAAGAGCGAGAAGUUCCGCUCCGAGAUGCGGAUCAGGCUGGGAUCCCAGAGCGGCGAGAGCAACGCCAAGAGCACCCACCAAGUGGUUUGGGAAAUGCUGCCAGCAGAAACAAACCUUUCAGGAGCCCCACGGAAAGCAAGCUCUGCAGAAGAGGAUCCCUUCCCAGAACCUCUGAAAGAGGAAGGUGUCUCUGACCAAAGCUCUUUGCUAAGAGAGAUGAAUGAUGCAAUAGCAGCUCUGAGCAAACAUCUGAAGGCGCAGGCACUGGGUGCACCCCCUGCCCUGGCAGACACUCCCUGGCACCCCUGGGACAAUGCUGAGCCCCAAACGGGGCCAGAGGCAGCCACAGCCCGUGAAACAACCCCUGGGGUCCUGCAGGAGACCCUCCCUGGCCACGUCCAUCGUGAGCUGCUGGAAGGAGACCAGCAGGAGGGACGAGGCACAGCUGAGCUUCGUGCUCCGGAUGUGACACAGGCUGGUGCGUCCACAGGAGCCACAGGGCACUGCACGGCUCAGGAGCCAGGGGCAGAGCAGGGACACGGCCCAGAGGAGGCACAGGGGAUGUUAUUCCUGCAAGGAAAGGGUGCCGGUGAGGAGGAGAUGGUGCAAAAUGUGGCUGAGCAGCUGGGAGAGAGCGUGGAGGCAGGAGAGCAGGUGCUGAUGGAGGUGGAAGGAGCAGGGUGGCUGCAGGAAAAAACAGCUUGGGCAAAACCACAGCUCCUGAGAGAAGCUGAGGAAGUGGAGAUAAGGCAGAGGGAAAAUUUGGAGGCAGUUCUGGGGCCACCAGAGGCUGGGCAGGAAGGCAGAGCAGUGGCACAGUGCCUUGCCAUGGAUGAGCAGCAGCCGGGCAGGACGCUGGGUGGAUGUGCGCACGCCCCGGGCACGGCGCUGCAGGAAUGGGCUCACCCGGCAUCGGGGCUCCCUGGGAAACUGGAAACUGAGCUGGGAGAGCACCUGGAGCCAGAGCCACCAUCCUGGGGUGAGGCACAAGUGGAAGCAGCCCGUGGGGGUGGUGUCCCUGAGGUGACAGCGGCUCCUGGCCCAGGAGUGCUGGACGAGGAGCGUGCCAGGACAGAGGUGCAGCACCGGGGAGAGACCACGGACUCCAAAGUGCUGGAGGCGCUGCCAGCCCGAGCUGAGCGUGCAGGGAGCGAGGAGGAGGAGGUGGAGGAAGCAGAGCCCAGGGAGGCAGAGCAGCAGCUGCAGGAUGUGUGGCGGCUUUGUGCUCCGGGACAGGCAGCCCAAAGGGAGCUUCAGGAGCAGGUUUCAGCACAGGGCCAUGAGGGGAGGCUUCACACGGUGGCCCAACAGCCAGAGGGGAAGAUGGAACCGGAGCACACGGCUGCUGAGCAUCCGAAGCGAGAGGUGCCACCAGCAUCAACGCUGCACACGACAGCACAACCAGCAGAUGCUGGGAGUGAUCAGCUGGGGAUGGUCCUCAGAGAUAACUCACUGGGGAAAAGGCAGCGCUUGGGAGAACAGAGCAAAGACCUCGGUGUUGGUCAACGAGAGAAAAUGCAAGAGUUUGGUCAGAAAAUGAGCCGGGAGGGCGAGCCCAGCCCAGGAGAACCAGGAGCUGUGACUGCAGGUGGGGCAGGAGCUGCCCCAAGGGGUUGUCCUAAAGCUCCCCUGGACCCAGACCACGUCUACAACGUGCUGUUCGUUGGGGACUCCCACGUGGGCAAAACGUCGUUCCUGUACCGUUUGCACGCCGACACCUUCAACCCCCACCUCGCCGCCACAGUGGGACUGGAUUAUCAGAUCAAAACCCUCGUUGUGGAUAACAAGAGCUUUGCUCUCCGCCUGUGGGACUCAGCUGGUCAGGAAAGGUACCGCAGCGUGACCAAGCAGUUCUUCCGGAAGGCGGACGGGGUGGUGCUGAUGUACGACAUCACCUCCGAGUACUCCUUCUCCGACGUGCGCUACUGGCUCGGCUGCAUCCAGGACGCAGCAGAGGAUGGAAUUGCUGUUCUUCUUCUUGGGAACAAAACCGACUGCGCUGCCCAGAGACAGGUCCCUACAAAGGAGGGUGAAUGCCUGGCCAAGGAGCAUCAGCUCAUGUUUUACGAGUGCAGCGCUGCCUCGGGCCACAACGUCUUCGAGUCCAUGGUCAGCUUUGUCAGGUUGCUCAAAGUUCGUGAAGAUGAAUUGAAAAAUAAGGCAGAAGAGGUACCAAAGGCACCCGAGAAGAAAAAGGGCUGCUGCUGGUGAUGGACAGAGCCCUCGCACCGACCUGAAACUGCACCAACAGCCAGAAAAGCAUAAAAUAAUCCUUGGACACCUUCUCUUUUCCUUUGUGUCUUCCUUGCCUGCUCUUCCUUGGCCUUGGAUGCUGAGAGAAAAAGCUGCUGUGGGGAACCUGCUGCCAUUACCCCAGAGCACACCAGCCCUUCAGAAUACUUCUUGGGGAACUUUACCACUUUCUUUUGGAGACUAAAAACAUGCCAAGAAAAGAAGCAGAAAAGGAAUUCAGCUGGGUCUGAGAUGCUGCAAUGAUACUGGAAGCAGAGAGAUUAAACCCAGGCCUUGGGGUGGAAUAAAUGGAAACCUGAAGCCAUCCAAGUGGAUAAAACAAGGGGGUUCAGUGCUGUUGCUGCUCUGGGCUGUGGGGACUUCUGCUCUGGCUUUGCAAUCUGACUGGAUUUGAUCAGGAGCAAUGAGAUAUUCCAUAUUUUCUAAAUGCACUUAAAUCUCUCCAAUGAAACAAGGUAAAGCUAAUUUUUCCCUUCCCUGUUUAAUCCUGCCAGUGAGCAGUGAUGGGGUUUGACAGAAACUGCUGAAUAUUUUGCUCAAAAUAAAUUCAAAAGCCCCAAGAGCACGUCCAGGUUAAGAGGUUUUUUCAAUUGUAUUGGUCCCAGACCAGAAUUCUGGACUAUUGCAGCAAAUCUCAGGCUGGGCAGAGAAUGAGCUGCUGCCUCCUGCCCCUCUGCUCUUUGUGAAGUACUGAAUUGGUUUUACAUCCAACUUGAAAAAUCUAAAUAAACAUGCCACGAUUUCAAGGGGGAUUUUUUUAUCUUUUUACAGCUUGA